ACAGAGCCUGGCGUGGCUCAAUGGUAGCAAGGUAGCACUAAUGGUCGCCCUCUGCCUUCGAUAUUUCCCCCAUCACUAACUCGCCAUGGGCAAGAGAGACAAUCGAGUGGCUUACAUCAACCCCAUCGCUGCUUCACGAUCCAGGGGGCCAGUAAAUAACACAGGACCAACAAUACAAGAUUAUUUAAGCAGACCUCGACCAACAUGGGAGGAGUUAAAGGAGCAGCUGGAGAAGAAGAAGAAGGGCUCUCGGGCCUUGGCUGAAUUUGAGGACAAAAUGAACGUGAAAUGGAGGAAAGAACUGGCAAAAAACAGAGAGAAGCUGUUAGCUGGAAUUGAGAAAGAGAAGGAGAAAAAGACAACUGAGAAAAAGACAGCUGACAAAGAGAAAGACAAAAAGAUAACUGACAAAGAGAAAGACAAAAAGACAAUUGAAAAAGAAAAGGAGAAGAAAGAGAAAAAAGAGAAAAAGAAGAAAGAGAAGAAGAAAUCCAACAGGCAUUCUUCAUCUUCCUCCUCCUCUUCGAGUUCUGAUUCCCCUUGCAGCUUCUCCACAGAAUCUCAAGAUGUGGAUGAAAAGAAGAGUGUGAAAAAAAAGCGGAAGAGAAAGAAGUCCUCAACCAGGAGAGCAUCCGACAGCUUGGAGGGAGAAUCUGUUGCUGAAAGCAAGAAGAAAAAGAAAAGAAUAAAGGAAGAUGGGGACAAAGACAAGGAUGACAAGAGUCGUAAAAGAAAGAGGAAGGCUGAGCGGAGUUAUAAAGACUCCUCUUCAGAGUCAUCUGCAGAAUCUGACAGGGAAGAGGGAGUUGAAGCCAAGAAGAAAAAGAGAAGUAGCGAGGAAAAGGAGAAAAUAACAGACAAAUCCAAGAAGAAAAGGAAAAGGAAGCACAAGAAACACGGCAGAAAAAAGAAAAAGAAUGCAGCCUCUCAGUCAGACUCGGAGCUGGAUUAACAAAGCGCAUCUUGACGGUUCGCUCGCCCUCCGGACAGUUAACAUGUAGAGUUAUUUUUGCUUUUGACCUCCAACCUUCUCCCAUCCAGCUUUGGUCCUCGCGCUUGACCGAGGGGCCCACAGACUCGUAGGGCUGUGGUUCUCAGAGUGAAGGCGAGAUGGAGGGAGGCACUCGUCCCUCUAAGCGGCAACUACCGGUACAUAUCUUCUGUUGGUUUUUACCACCGUGUUUUUUUUUAGAUAAGGUUUCUUUAAACCACGGGACUGAAGUGAAUUCGCACACCGCCCCCAUCGUCUUGGUGAUAUCAAUGUGACUGGCACUUGUUUUCACCUUCAGAAGGCCGGCUCCCUCUGAGCCGCUCUCUCUGCUUAAAACCCGACAUCUCGCAUUUCCAGUUGCUAGAUGCUGUCGUCAUGUCGUGCCUGCGUCGUGCAUGUAGACCAGAUAACCUGGUGUCUCGCCAGCCUCAUAUUGAAGUUGGACUUCUGAUAAAAAAUUUGAGCGUCAGUCAGCAUUUAUACAGCGGAUACUUGUUCUGAAAGAUGAAUUGUUGCACUGCAGUGUAAAUGUAUAAACAAUGGGAAUUCAUGAAUAAAGUAUUGUUUUAGCCGUUA